AUGGCUGCGCUAAGGUUUCUUUUAGGUGGAAUCGAGUCUCUCAUCACGCCCACAUUCGUGCUAAUUAAUGGAAUGUACUACACAAGACGGGAGCAAGCGCUGCGGACUGGAUUCUGGGCCGCAGCUAAUGGCUUUGGGUCUAUGAUUGGUGGUGUCAUUGCGUAUGGUAUGGGACAAGUAAACGCAGGUCUACCAGGGUGGAAAUGGAUUUUCAUUCUCAACGGACUUAUCACCGUUAUUUGGGGCACCUUCGUAUUCUUUUUCCUUCCCACCUCACCUAUGAAGGCACGUUUCUUGACCGAGAAUGAACGAGUUUUGGCUGUCCACCGGAUCCGAACUAACAACACGGGAAUUCUGAAUCGUAAUUUCAAAUGGAAGCAGGUCAGAGAGGCUCUGAAUCCUUUCGAGGAUCCACAGGGGCUCCUCCUCUUUCUCAUUAUUUUCUGUAACGAAGUUCUCAAUGGUGGCUUUGGCGCGUUUGGGACGCUUGUCAUCAAGUCAUUCGGCUUCAAUUCCCUGCAGUCUACGCUAAUUUAUAUUCCACAAGGCUUUAUCAACAUGAAUGACCGCCGCGAUAAGCAGCUUGCCGAGGGCCAGCUGCAGAAUGCUCCUGAAGACGAAUUCGCCGACAAGACAGACAUAGAGCUACCAGGAUUCCGAUACGUGCUGUGA